UUCAAACUCCCGGAAGCGGCGUUGUCUCCGGAGUUGUCGCCGGGCAGACGCGAGUUCAGUUUUUCACCCCAGGUGCUGGCAGCCUGCUGGGAGGCGACCUCGGAGGUUGGCGAGGGGAAGCCAGGUGCCUCAGCCCCGAGACGGGGCCGGACCGAGCGGGAGGCGGGAUCAUUGAGCAGAUCACGUCGUCUGGGACUCAAUCUCUGCCCGCCUGAUUUAAGCUGGUUUUUCCUGGCACCGGGCUGGGCGCCUCACAACCGUUGUGGUUUCGAUUCCUCCUUUCAGCUUUGCGGUGUGUAUUAUCGUCCUCUUACAGACGGCGCAGUGAGACCAGUUUCAGAGAUGUCUUGCAGAAGUCCCAAAGAUUUAAUUAAAAGUAAAUGGGGAUCAAAGUCUAGUAGCUCCAAGUCAGAAACUGCAUUAGAAAAAAUUAGGGGAAAAACUGCAGCCUUACAAACAUCAGUGGAUGAAAUCACAAGUGGAAGAGGAAAACUGACUGAUCAAGAGAGACACAGGCUUUUGGAGAAAAUUCAAUUCCUUGAAGCUGAGAGGGAGAAGAAUGCUUACCAUCUCACAGAGAAGGACAAAGAGAUACAGCGACUCAAAGACCAGCUGAAAACCAAAUAUAGCACUACUGUGCUGCUGGAACAGCUGGAGGAGAAAACAAAGGAAGGUGAAAGGAGGGAACAACUGUUGAAAUCGUUGUCUGAAGAGACAGAUCUAGUGAAAAAACAGCUGUCUACUACAACUGCAAGACUCGCUGAACUUGAAACCAAAGCAAUUCAUUCAUCACAGACUGAGACUACAAAAUGCUUCAACUCAUCAAUGAAUAAUAUUCAUGAGACAGAACUACAGCUGAGAGAUGCUCUAGAGAAAAAUCAGCAAUGGAUUGUUUAUGAUCAGCAGCGAGAGGUCUACGUAAAAGGACUUCUAGCAAAAAUCCAUGAGUUGCAACAGAAAUUGGAAACAGCUGCUCAUUCACUCCCACAGCAGACAAAAAAGAAUGAAUCAGAAGGUUAUCUUCAAGAAGAAAAGCAAAAACAUUACCACUACCUCUUGGCAAGUGCAAAAAAAGAUCUUGAGGUUGAACGUCAAACCGUAACUCAGCUGAAUUUUGAACUUAGUGAAUUUCAAAGAAAAUAUGAAGAAACCCAGAAAGAAAUUCAAGAUUUAAAUAAACUAUUGUGUUCACAAAGAAAGGCAAAUAUACAACACCUGGAAGAUGACAGGCAUAAAACAGAGAAAAUACAAAGGCUCCAGGAUGAGAAUGAUACUGCCAGGAGAAGACUCGAAGCAGAGAAGACGAGAUCUGAAGAGCUCUUAUCUCAGGUCCAGGUUCUUUACACGUCUCUGAUAAAGCAGCAAGAGGAACAAACAAGGAUAGCUCUGUUGGAACAACAGAUUCAGGCAUGUACUUUAGACUUCGAAAAUGAAAAACUUGACCGUCAAAAUAUGCAGCAUCAAUUGCAUGUAAUUCUUACGGAGCUUCAAAAAGCAAGAAAUCAAAUAACACAGUUGGAAUCCUUGAAGCAGCUUCCUGAAUUUGCCUUCACAGAGCCAUUAGUCACUUUCCAAGGAGAGACUGGAAACAAAGUAAAAGCUGCCUCACCAAAAAGCCCCACAAAUGCACUAAACGAAAGCCUGGUGGAGUGUCCCAAGUGCAGUGCCCAGUAUCCAGCCACUGAACAUCGAGACCUCCUCGUCCAUGUUGAAUACUGUUCAGAAUAGCAACCUAAUUGUUCUUUAUUUUUGCCACAAGAUUCAAUACUGCAUCUUACAUCAGUAAAUGAACAUUUUGAAUUCCUUAUUUUACCUCUUAUAUAAGAAACUGUCUAUCUACCUUGGAGACUCUGGUGCAGAAGUUUAUCACUGUAUUUUUUGGGCUGCUUUGCAUUUUCCUUGACAGGGAAUACCUCACUGAGAUGGUUCCCAUUCAGGCUUCAGCGUGCGCUGAGACAACUGACAUGUUGCACUGUUAAAGUACUUGACAGAGGAAAGACAAGUUAUUGUUUGUGAAUUAAAUCUACACACAGGCAAGCAAAUAUUUUGUAUGUUGUGGGUCUUUAAAAAUCAGAGGUAAUUAACCAAGUAUCUUACUGUAUGGGCACUUUUUAUCUAAGCACUUGAUAUACGUAAAUAAAUGUAGCUUCAAUUGAGUCCAUUGUUAACAGAUGGCAAUACUUUAAUUUCUUUCCUUGUUAUUAUAGAGAGGUUAUUAGACAAGCUGGGAAUUUUCUUCAUCUUUAUUGCUGCUUACUGUUGAAACUGUAAACCUAGUAAUGUUCUAAGCACAAAGUAGAUUCUGCUGCAGGAAUACUCCCAAGUCGCCACACACACAGUGUUUUCUGUCAUGUUAACUGGCUGUCACUUUAAGUUGAAUUUCAGUAGCACAGCAUAUUGGUCAGUUAAAAUUGUUAAAAUCUAGUGCUCCUGUUUUAAUUUGCAGGUAUUUUAUUGACUAUUUACUUACUUUUGGCACUCUUAAAGCUGGGCAAUAUUAUGAGCAGGUACUUGCCUAUCUGAAUAUAUAUUUUUAUACAUGUGUAUGUAAACCAAAAACAUUUUUAUUUCUCCAGGUUUUCUAAAAUGCUUAACAUUAGGUUACUGUUAGUAAUAUAAAGGAAGAAAAAUAA